AUGGACGCGACGGAAGAAGAGGUUGCGAGACAAUUGUUGAAGGAACAAUUUGCGCAGGGUGAGAGGAUUGGGAGAGAAGGGAGUGCAGAGGGUAUGGAUUUGCAUGAGAGAGAGAUGGGGAGUGGGAGUGGGAGUGUGGGUAGGGGGAUUGGUGGAUUGAAUUUGAAUGAGUUGGAUGAGAAGGAGAUGAGGAAGGAGAGGGGUGGCGGUGGAGUGGGGUUUACGGGAUAUGUGAAUGCUGGGUUGGGGAAUGGGAAUGGGAGCGGGCGUGGAAGUGUGCAGUUUGGGGGAAGAGAAUCGGGACUUGAAGAGAAUGAAGUGGUUUUGGAGGGGCCGUUGUUGGCGUUGAGAGAAGCUCUACUCGAAGGACGAUUCUCAGACUUGACAAUCUUCCAUGGUGUGCGAGUAUGGAAUGCGCAUAAAGUAGUCGUGUGCUCCCAAUCGCCGGUUUUGGAGAGUAUGAUUGAUAAUACCGGAGUUUGCAAUAUGUUCGGCUCGCCGACCAAACCCAGUAUCCUAAACCUCUCCUCUUUCCCCCUCGAAUCUAUCAUCGCACUCCUAGAAUACCUCUACACAUCUGCCUACUCAAUCCCCUCUCCUCCACCCAACACCUCACCCUCAUCCUCCACCUAUUUCUCCGGCCCCACCUACUCUCUCCCCCUCCACGAAGAAAUCUUCUACCUCGCCUCACACCUACAAAUCCCGGCAUUGGAAACCCUCGCCGCAGUAUCCUUCCGUCACACACUGCAUACGCAAAUCUCAGACCUAGAUAUCUAUUUCGACUGCAUCAAGCGGAUAUAUGGGAAAACGACGACGAAGAAUCCGGGAUUGAGAAACGCGUUGGUGGAAGCGGCGGUGCAGGAAUUAGAGGGAAUGCUAGGGAAUGAAGAGGUGAAGAGCAAGCUUUGGAGGGCGAUGAGUGAGAAUGGGGAGUUUUGGGAAGAGGUACUAAGAGCGUUGGGGAGGAGGACAGAAGUUAAAGUUAAGGAGGUGAUUAGAGAGGUGAGGGUUCCGGUGGAGGUCGAGAUGGAGAAGAUUGUGGAGAGGGUUGUUGAGCGGGAAGUUUCAGGAGUAGCGAAGAAAAAUGGAGAUGGAGAGGAAGAGAGUGAUGGAGAGGGGGACAAAGAAUGGACUCUAUGUCCGGAUUGUGGGCCCAGAGAUGAAGGAGAAGAAUACGAGUUUAGAUGCACCUGUAGGGUAUGUGGGGUGGAGAGGAUACUUAGCUUUUCUUAA